AUGCCGAUCCUUAGGCGCAGAGCGUUCAGGUAUCCAAAUACCUCCAAUCGGUCUAGCUGGCUAGACAAGAGUAACACACUGGUCCAAAGUACAACAGGUCCCAAUUCAUCCCGUCGCCAUCCUUCCAAAGAAACCCGGGAAAAAGUAGAGGCUCAGAUCAAAGCAAGGAUUUUUUGCCAUGGCCUACCAUAUUCAGCAAUGUUGCUCCCAGUACACUUACAAGACACAAUAGCUAAUGGUUACAAGUCUGGACAGCACAGCCAAUCAUGCAGUCGACUGGUUUCGAUGGCUCGUUGGUUUAGCGGCUGCGUCGAUAGUUUCUUUAAAGGAAAACAAACCUUGGGAUCAGCCUCCUUCCUUCAGAAGCCCACCGGCCCUUACUUGUCUGCCCCGCACCUGCUUAGCCAUGCAUAG